CCAGAAAGUCAGUAUUAUCGGUCUAAAACUAAGUAACGUACAGUCGCAAUGUUACGAAGGGAAUUGUCCAUAUUCGGGACGUGUCCAAGUUUCCUUUCACGUUGCCAAAUCAACUAAGUUUAAAUGAAACUUGCUUUCGAAGUCGCGAUGUUCCGUGGAAUAUUGUUUUUGUUGUUUAUUAGCGUCUGUGGCGAAGACACUGAAGUGAUAAACGCCGGGAAAGCGGCAGACAUAGACUAUUCGGAUUUAGCGGGGGAGGCGGAGCGACACAAACAUGAGAUAUUGAAAUUCUUAAACCAAACGCGUGUUCAAGAAAAGUACAAAACGAUGUACAAAUGCUUGCUCUCAAAACUGUUAGAAAGCGCGCCGCAGAAUCGAAGAGGCUCUACCAGGCGCAUAGUGUCAGGGCGCAACACGUCGAUAGCAGCAGUCCCGUGGCAGGUGUCCCUGCGGGAGAAGACCUAUCCCAUUUGCGGGGGCUCCGUCAUCACCGACCUGUGGCUGCUCACUGCUGCCCACUGUCUCUUGAGGGCCCGCUCAAGCGAACUGAGCGUCCGCCUGGGUUCCUCAUGGAAGACGCAUGGGGGCGAGAUGUAUGACGUCAAAGAGUGCUUCGUGCACCCACGCUACGUCAGCAAGACCAAGAUCAACGACGUGGGGCUGGUGCGACUGUACUCACCGCUCCGCUUCUCCGAGAGGGUGCUGCCGAUCAAGCUGGUGGCGAGGGAAGCCAGGCUGCCGGCUGAUGUGCCGGCUAUUGUUUCUGGAUGGGGGAAGUUGAAGGAAGGGGGUCCAAGCGCGACGUACCUCCAGUCGUCCACCAUCAAGACGGUGGCCAUGAAGCUGUGCAAGCACUCGGGGCUGGACCGCAAGGCCAUCGACCCGCCAUCCAUGUUCUGUGCGGGCUCCUUCACGCAGCCUUCGCCUGACGCUUGCCAGGGUGACAGCGGCGGGCCUAUCGUAAGCGACGGCGUGCUGAUCGGCGUGGUGUCUUGGGGCCUUGGCUGCGCGCGCGGGAACUUUCCCGGCGUUUAUACGCGUCUCUCGCACCACAUCAUCUGGGACUGGGUGCAUCAACACAUCACUAGGAAGCCCGACACAUGACGAAGGCUUUAUUGCAAUUGGGUAAUAUGCAUUUUCGAGAACGACAUAAUAUGUUUGAACACUAUUAGGCGUGUUUCUGAUGAAUUACAGAAUUUUAAUUUGCUUACAGUGCCCUUUUCGAAAUUGCAUAUUCAUUCGUUAGUUGUGUAGUAUUUAUGUGUGUUUGUGCAGAACAUUUAAAACUACGAUAAAUAAAGUAUUUUCAUGUGGA